ACACUGAAAAUUGAAAUGCAAACCAAGAGUCAAGAGUCGUGGUUUGUAGUAAACCGGAAAGAGAGUAAAGUGAAAAACCUCACACAAGAGGAAAGAAUCAUUUCUUGGUCUCGCGGCGCUUCUAACAUUUCUUCUGUGUCUCUCAAGAAGAUGGGAUUCCUCUCUCAACAGAUCUCAAGAGAUGAACUCAAACCAGGAGAUCACAUCUAUUCAUGGCGUAUGGCUUACAUAUACUCUCAUCACGGAAUCUAUGUAGGCAAUGGUGACGUCAUACAUUUCACUUGCGGAGGUGGUCUUGAGACAAGGACAGGGACUUUCGUAGACAACAUCAUCGUUAGUUCGGUUCCAAACCAUGGAGGUGACAACCCUUGUCCUAACUGCGGAGACCAAUCGAAUCUCGACGGUGUGAUCUGUUCUUGCCUCGACUGUUUCCUCGCCGGAGGAAACCUCUAUCUCUUCGAGUACGGUGUCUCUGGACCCAUCUUUAUGGCUAAACCGCGAGGCGGUAUCUGCACAACAGCGGUUUCAGACUCCUCUGAUGAAACCGUUAACCGUGCGAGACACCUCUUGUCUAAUAAAAAUGGGUUUGGUGCGUAUGAUCUGUUGAGGAACAACUGUGAAGACUUUGCGAUCUAUUGCAAAACUGGUUUGAUUGUUUUGUCUAAGCUGGGGAGUAGUGGACAGGCUAACUCGUGGUCUGCGGUGCGUGGUGUUUUGUCGCUUUGGGGGACGGUGAAGAGUGUUUCUGUGGGCUCUGCUGCGAGGUUGGUUGUUUCUGGGGUUGCUGGUGUUGGUGUUGUGACUUUGGCGGCGGGGUAUGGUAACUACUGCUAUGGUCGUUUAUGUGCUGAUAUUGGUGUGAGAAGUGAUGCUAGCAAAGUUCCUGUGGAAGACCUUGUUACGCUUAUAGCGAUUAUCGAAAGAAGAGACGACAAGAAGUCUAGCUAGUUUAGCACUUGUUGUGGUGUGAUUAUGAUUGUGAUUGUGAUUGUGAUUGUGAGUGUUUGAUGGUAACUAACUGUUUGCUUCUGUUUUCAUUGUAUGCGUGCAACCAUGUGUGUUUGACACUACUUAUCAUGUGAAAAUAACAUUAUUGUUGUUUCCAAA